GGAGCCGAAGUGUGGGAGCGCGCCGCCCGACGCCGCCCACCGCCGACACCAACCAGGAUGGCAAGGUGGCAUGCGGCCCACUGGUGCUGCGUUUUCUGCCUUCACCUGCUGGAAGUCGUCAAUGGGUGGUUACCGCCGACCGUGAAGAUAGGCGCCAUAUUCACGGAUGACCAGCGCGACAGCGCCGUGGAAAUGGCGUUUAAGUACGCGGUGCUGCGGGUCAACCGCGACAGCAAGAUCCUGCCCAACACCACGCUGAAGCACUACAUCGAGUACGCUCCGCGCGACAACAGCUUCCACGCCAGCAAACAGGCGUGCCUGCUGGUGGAGAAGGGCGUGUACGCCAUCUUCGGGCCGUCGGACCCGCUGCUUGGCGCGCACGUGCAGUCCAUCUGCGACGCGCUCGACAUCCCGCACGUGGAGACGCGGCUGGACGUGGAGCGACACGCCAAGGAGUUCAGUAUCAACCUGCACCCUCAUCAGCCCGUAAUGAACGCAGCGCUGCGAGACGUCAUGACCUUCCUCAACUGGACCCGCGUCGCCAUCAUCUACGAGGAGGAGAACGGACUAAUAAAGCUCCAGGAUUUAAUAAGAACACCACCGAACAUGGAAAUAGAGAUUGCGAUCCGGCAGGGUACGCCGGACACGUUCCGUCACGUCCUCAAGGAGGUCAAAUCCCGGGAAAUUUUCAACCUGAUCGUCGACACCAGGGCAGAAUCGAUGCCGACUUUUCUUCGCGCGAUUCUGCAGCUCCAAAUGAACGAUUACAAGUACCACUACCUAUUUACUACAUUUGAUAUCGAGACGUUUGACCUGGAGGACUUCAAGUACAACUUCGUGAACAUGACGGCGUUCCGGCUGGUGUCCGACUCGUUUCACGUUCGCGAGAUCCUGCGCCAGAUGGAACAGUUUCAACCUGUCGGCCACAGCAUCAUCUCCAAAUCGGGUGUCAUUGAGGCCCAGCCGGCGCUCAUGUUCGACUCGGUGCUGGUGUUUGCUCGCGCGCUGACGGCGCUACAGGGCGGCGCUCCCCUCGAGUACAGCAGCGUCUCCUGCGGCCGCGAGCAGCCCUGGCCCGACGGCAGCAGUCUCUUCAACUACAUCAACGCGGUACGGGAACUGCGCGGUCUCACCGGCCCCAUCCAGUUCAGCGAGGGCAAGAGGACUACCUUCAAGCUGGACUUGCUCAAGCUGAAGCAGCACGCUCUGGUCAAGGUCGGCGAGUGGACCCCAGCGGGUCACGUCAACAUCACAGACUACGAGGCCUUCUACGACCCAGGCACACUGAACGUCACGCUGGUGGUGACCACCAACCUGGACACGCCGUACGUGAUGAUGCGACCCGGCAAGAACUACACGGGUAACGCCCGCUUCUACGGCUUCUGUAUCGAUCUCCUGGAGCUGAUCGCCGACAUGGCCGGGUUCUCGUACAUCAUGGAGGUGGUGCCCGAUCGACGCUACGGCGCGCGCGAUCCGGAGACGGGCGAGUGGGACGGCAUGGUUCACGAGCUGGUGAAAGGCGACCGUCCGUACGUGAUGCUUCGCCAGGGGACCAACCUCACCGGCAAUGACCGCUUCGAAGGGUUCUGCAUUGACCUGCUGCGCUCCGUAGCCAACUUUGUAGGCUUUAACUACACCAUCAUGCUGAACCCGGACGGCAUUUACGGCCUGCCUGACCCCGAGACGGGCGAGUGGAACGGCCUCGUGCGUCAGCUGAUAGACAAGAAAGCAGACCUGGCAGUGGGCUCCAUGUCCAUCAACUACGCCAGAGAGAGUGUCAUCGACUUCACCAAGCCAUUCAUGAACCUGGGCAUCACCAUCUUGUUCAAGGUAUCGAAGGAGUCGAAGCUGUUUGUGUUCCUCAGUCCCCUGGAGAGCCGGGUCUGGCUGUAUGCCGGCGCCGCCUUCCUGGCCGUUUCCCUGCUGCUGUACCUGGUGGCGCGGCUCAGUCCGUACGAGCGGGUGCGCCUGCAGCGCCGCCGCCCGCCUGUCAACCAGUUCGGCUUGUCCAACACUAUGUGGUUCGUCACGGGGACGCUGCUGCGCCAGGGCUCCGGAGUGUUCCCGCAGGUGCCCACCAGUCAGGAGACGCGGCUCUUCUCUUUCAUGAACCCACUGGCCGUGCACAUCUGGCUGUACGUGUUGGCUGCAUACCUGCUCGUCUCGCUCACCAUGUUCGUGGUGGCGCGCGUGAGCCCGUACGAGUGGCAGAACCCGCACCCGUGCACGGCCGAGGACGACGUCAUGGAGAACCAGUUCAGCAUCAGCAACAGCUUCUGGUUCACCAUCGGCACGCUCAUGCAGCAGGGCUCCGAUCUGAACCCGAAGGCUAUUUCCACCCGCAUCGUUGGAGGCAUUUGGUGGUUUUUCACACUGAUCAUCAUCUCGUCGUACACAGCCAAUCUAGCCGCCUUCCUCACCGUCGAGAGAAUGAUCACGCCCAUAGAAAGUGCGGAGGACCUGGCCGACCAAAGUGACAUCAGCUAUGGUACUCUGGAGGGCGGAUCCACGCUGACCUUCUUCCGAGACUCGAAAAUCGACACAUACAAGAAGAUGUGGCGUUUUAUGGAAAACAAAAAGCCGUCCGUGUUCACAAAGACGAUCGAGGAAGGAAUAUCCAGAGUCCUGCAGGGAAAUUAUGCUUACCUUGCCGAGUCGACCACUAUUGAUUAUAUCGUGAACCGGAACUGCAACCUCACUCAGAUUGGCGGGCUGCUCGACUCCAAAGGCUUUGGAAUUGCGACAACAAUGGGCUCCCCGUGGCGAGACCCGAUCUCGCUGGCCAUCCUGGAAUUGCAGGAGAAGGCCGUUAUCCACACUCUGUACAACAAAUGGUGGAAAGACAACGUCGGCUCCUGCAACCGCGAUGACAAGAACAAAGAGUCCAAGGCCAGUGAGCUGGGCGUGGCAAACAUAGGGGGCGUCUUUGUGGUGCUGCUCUGCGGUCUGGCGUUCGCGGUGUGCGUGGCAAUCGUGGAGUUCUGCUGGACGGCGAAGCGAAACGCUCAGCUAGAUAAGCAAUCACUGUGCUCCGAAAUGGUGGAGGAGCUGUGCUUCGCCAUGCGAUGUCACGCAUCUGAUCAGCGUCCAGCUCUGACCCGCCACUGCGACCGCUGCAUGACGCCGGCAACGGCGGGCAUACCGCGCGGCGCCCACGACCCGCCACCGCUCAACGGCAGCCAACAGAUGGCGGGUGGCGAGCCGCACUACGCGGUGGCUGGACGGUACUGCUUCACGCCCUGCCGCGACUCGGAGGACAAUGGAGUGAUGAAGAUGAUGGAGCUCUCUCGAAGAUCACCUCUUCCUGAAUAUGAGUCGUAGAAAAUGCCGAAGUGGAGACCAGCAUCUUAUGAACC